GCUAGUCAACUCCUCGCCCUGGUGCCGACCUCAGCUCGCGGCCCAACUGCCAUUGGCACAUGCUUCCCGGGCGCGGCAGCCGUUACACGUACGGCACACCCACAUGCUCUGACGCGCACGACACGAACAUAUAUGGGGGAUCGGAUCCACACAACUUCGACAGAAUACAAACAUCACAAUCUGAACUUGCACCGCCAUUCGCCAUUGUCAACUGCCUGACAAGAAGACUAAAGAACUGCAGGGAGUUAUCGAUCCAGCUCGAAAGACGAAAAUGACGCUCGUGGAGAUGUGCGUGCACAUGGACUGCCCGGGGUGCGAGAAGAAGAUCCGGAAGGCGGUGCUGCGGCUGGAGGGCGUGCACGACGUGGAGAUCGACAUGGCGCAGCAGAAGGUGACGGUGAACGGGGACGUGGAGCAGAAGAAGGUGCUCAAGGCGGUGCGCCGGACGGGCCGCCGCGCCGUGCUGUGGCCGCAGCCCUUCGCCGGCGGCGCCGCCGGCGCCGCGCACGUCCUGGCGCAGCAGCAGCUCCUGUACGACCCCGCCGGCGCGGCCGGCCCGGCGCACGCCGCCCACGCGGCGCGCCCGGGGUCCUCGUACAACUACCACAAGCACGGCUACGACGACUCGCGGCUGUACGGCGCCUACUACCACCACGGCGCCAGCUCGGCCGUCGCCGGCACCAGGGCCACCGACUACUUCAGCGACGAGAACGCGCAGGGGUGCGCCGUCAUGUGAGCGUGGCUGGCAGGAUC